CGUCACGCUCGCUCCUCCCCCCGCGCGCGCGCCCCCGAUCAGCCUCCAGCAGUUGUCGAUCCGGUCACGGACAGCCUCGCGUUUCAUCCGUUUCCCGUCGCUUAAACCCGGUAAGACCGCGCGCAGACGAGCGGAAACGAUGGCCGCGAUGACUUCUGACGGUUCCCAGGAAGAGUCGUCGAGCCCUAGCGAACAAAACGGCGACGGGAGCGAGUCGGGCCUGCGCGCCGCCGAUCCGGAACCGGCCGUUAAGAUGGACGCAGCGGAGACCGACGAGAAGCUCAACGGACGCGAGUCUACCGAGCAGAAAACGGAGGAAGCCACGCGGGGAGACACCGGCAACGAUGAGGAUGGCGAGACCGAAGCGGAGGCGGAGAAAGAGCCGCAGAAGAGCCCCGGCGGCGCGGACGAAACGACGGAGCGGAUGAAGGGAGAACAAAGAGAGGAGGAGAGCGCGUCUCCACCGGCGGAGAAAAACAGCGGUAACGGCGGAGGACUGAAGAGGCGCGCGAGUCUGGAGAUGAUGAGCUCGUCCUCGGAAGGAGAGCCGCUCAGUCGCAUGGACUCGGAGGACAGUAUCAGCAGCACUCUCAUGGACAUGGAGAGCAUCGCAUCCAGCGGUCGAUCUACCCCAGCUAUGAUGAACGGGCACGGUGGGGUGUCUUCCUCCUCCACCAAGGGCUCAUCUUACCCCUGCUGUUGGGAUCAGUGCCACAUGCUGUUCAACAGCAGCCCGGACCUGGCCGAACACAUCCGCGGAGUGCACGUGGACGGACAGCACGGCGGGGUGUUCGUGUGUCAUUGGAAAGGCUGUAAGGUGUAUAACACGCCAUCCACCAGUCAGAGCUGGCUGCAGAGACACAUGCUCUCUCACAGUGGAGACAAACCAUUCAAGUGUGUGGUGGGAGGUUGCAAUGCCACCUUCGCCUCCCAGGGGGGGCUAGCGCGCCACGUACCGACCCACUUCAGCUCCCAGAAUUCCUCCAAACUCUCAAGCCAAGCCAAGGUGAAGGAAGACUCGCCUUCCAAAGCGGGCAUCAACAAACGGAGGAAACUCAAGUACAAACGGCGACGGUCGUUGCGUAAGCCACGACCUCAUGACUUUUUUGAUGCUCAGACCAUGGAUGCGAUCCGUCAUCGUGCCAUCUGCCUCAAUCUAGCCACUCAUAUUGAGAGCCAAGGCAAAGGCCACAGCGUUGUGUUUCACAGCACGGUGAUCGCCAAGCGCAAGGAGGAUUCUGGGAAGGUGAAGGUGCUGCUUCAUUGGACACCGGAGGACAUACUUCCAGACGCCUGGGUCAGUGAGAGCGACCGUCCCCAGCUGAAGACCAAAGUGGUCCACCUCUCCCAGCUUCCUCAGGACACAGCGGUUCUGUUGGACCCCAACAUCUACAGGAUGUUUUUCUAGAAGACUGGGUGGGGAGGGCAGCUUCUGUCAGCGCCUGCUGACGUACCCAAACCGAAGUGGACGCGCGGAUCUUUUGAGACGGGACUUCUUUCCCUUUUCCCCCUCCACUUUCUCCUUUUUUCUUUUUAAUGCUCUGAGUCUGCCAAAGCAUGCAGUGAAUUUUUAAUGUGCUUGAAGAGGAAAAAAAGCACAAAAUUGUGAACGGUGACUGUGCUGGACUUUUUAACUGUUUGGGAGGAUGUGUUGUUCACCACGGUUUUGGUUUUCCUUCCCUGCGUCCUCAGCUCUGCUGAUUAUCUCAUGCUUUUUUUCACGGAGGAAGUUCCCAUGUAAAUAUUCCAGGAGAAGUGUAAUAUAUUUUUGUACUGUGGAAAUGUUACUGUACUGUAGAUAGAUGUAAUAAGCCACAAGCUGACAGAAAACAUAAUUGUACAGAGUGUGAUGGUUAAUAGUUAUGGAUGAUGUGAAUGCUUCCAUAGAUUUUGAGAAUUAUUUUUUUUUUUUUCCCGAACACGCGCUCACAGACUCUUCUAACUGCUGCUCCAGCUACUGAUGAUGAUGAUGAUGAUGGGAUGUUAUCGCCCUCCGUCUGCGCCAUUUGUGCGUUCUGCUCAAGCCAAGGAGUGUAUAGACAUCCUAACGUAACGGUGCUAAAGCUAACACUAGCGAUUAGGCUAAUGCACACUAUAGGAUCAAUAAUGAUGGUGCUUCUUAGAUCAUGUACUUAAUAAUAAUCCGCUGUUUCCCGUACUUAGAUCAUACUGUCUUUGUAGUAAAGUUGAAAUGAUAUAAAAAUGUUUUUAUUUUAUUUUGGUUGCUUGUUUGUUUGAGUCUUCAGGUUUGCAGCUAACGCAGACUCUAGCCCGUAUAAACCUUGUGUUUCUCACA